AUAUAGCAGCAGAAGCGGGGAGAGAGAGAGAGAGAGAGAGAGAGAGAGAGAGACAUGGAGGCAUUGAAGGUAUGGAGUCUAACGGCGAUGCCAUUGAAGCAAUUGCUCCGUUUGUCUUCUGCUUCUUCUUCUUCUAUGCAUCUCGUAGCUGUAAUUGGAGGAAGAAGAUCUAACCACUCAUCACGUGCCCUCUGCUGCGCCUCUGCUUCUUCUUCUUCUUCUUCGACGGCGGCGACAGCUGAGACUGCCAGACCGGCCGGUCGCAACCGACGGUCCGCUUCGUCUUCGAAUUCUACUUCUGAUCGUGAAGCCAUUCGCUCUAUUCGCCUCAAAAAGGUUGAGGAAUUGAGAGGACAAGGAUUUGAACCUUAUGCUUACAAGUGGGAAAGAAGUCAUAACACAUAUCAGCUUCAGGAAAUAUAUAAGCAUUUAGGGAAUGGGGAAGAAUCAAACAGUGAGAGUGAUCGUGUUUCUAUAGCUGGGAGAGUUGUGGCUCGCAGAGCAUUUGGGAAACUUGCUUUCAUCACAGUGAGGGAUGACUCUGGAACAAUUCAGCUUUACUGUGAGAAGGAAAGGCUUUCAGAUGAACAGUUUGAACAGCUUAAGGCAUUUGUCGAUAUCGGCGAUAUUUUGGGUGUUAGUGGCUCAAUCAAGAGAACAGAGAAAGGGGAGCUUUCUGUAUGUGUGAAUUCCUUUUCGAUCCUCACAAAGUCUCUCCUUCCGCUGCCAGACAAAUAUCACGGUCUAACCGAUGUGGAUAAACGUUACCGCCAAAGGUACGUUGAUAUGAUUGCAAAUCCCGAAGUGGCUGAUGUGUUUCGGAAAAGAGCAAAAAUUGUUUCAGAGAUUCGCAAGACAGUUGAGUCUUUGGGUUUCCUUGAAGUUGAAACUCCUGUUCUACAGGGAGCAGCUGGUGGAGCCGAAGCGAGACCUUUCGUAACCUUUCAUAAUUCACUCGGUAGGGAUCUAUACCUAAGGAUUGCUACCGAGCUUCACUUGAAGAGAAUGCUGGUAGGAGGGUUUGAGAAAGUAUACGAAAUGGGUCGGAUAUUUAGAAACGAAGGCAUUUCGACCCGUCAUAAUCCCGAAUUCACGACUAUAGAGAUGUACGAAGCGUAUUCAGACUAUCAAAGCAUGAUGGAUAUGGCCGAGCUAAUUGUCACCCAAUCUGCUAUGGCUGUCCACGGGAAACUCACCAUUGAUUACCAGGGAACGGAGAUCUGUCUUGAGCGGCCUUGGAGGAGGGAAACCAUGCACAAUCUAGUGAAAGAGAUGACGGGAAUCGAUUUCGAUGAGAUGGGGGAUGAUCUCGGAAACGCCAAAGAUACCGUCGUCAUGAAACUCCGGGAUGUGAUCGAGACCAAGGACAUAUCCGCAAUCGAAGCUUGUCCUUCUCUCGGCCAUCUUCUUAACGAGGUUUUUGAAGUGGCUGUAGAGCCGAAGCUGAUACAGCCGACAUUUGUUCUGGAUUACCCUAUCGAAAUAUCUCCUUUGGCCAAGCCUCAUCGCAGUCGCAAAGGCUUGACUGAAAGAUUCGAGCUCUUCAUUUGUGGCCGGGAACUGGCAAAUGCAUUCUCUGAAUUGACUGAUCCGAUGGACCAGAGAACACGGUUGGAAGAGCAAGUGAGGCAGCAUAACGCGAAGAGAGCCGAUACAACGAAGAAAGACGACGAUGACGACGAUUCUUCGUACGAAGUGACCCUCGACGACGAUUUCCUCACUGCUCUCGAAUAUGGAAUGCCUCCGGCUUCAGGGAUGGGGCUCGGAAUCGACAGGCUCGUGAUGCUCUUGACGAAUUCCGCGAGUAUCCGAGACGUUAUCGCAUUUCCGGUUCUCAAAGUUCAACAGUAACAAAGACGAUACCGGGAAAAAAACGGCACUGCAGAGUUACCGUUACGACAAUAUCGUCGGCGAUCCAUUUGUUGUAUCAUCAUUUUUUGUAAUAAGCAAAUUAACUUCAGACAACAUGUUAAAGACAAAUCAUUGUAGGGUCUUUUUGGUCAGUGGGAAUUAUCGUCUGCUUCUUUACCCUUUU